UGCCAAUGUUUGUGGCGUGGGAGAGGAGGGAAUUGGAGCAGAGGGUAAAUGCCGUUCGGUUCUCCCUUCCUCUGCAUGUGGCUGAGACAUCCUUUCUCUCCUCCUAUUGAUUUAGAUGUUCCGCCGCUCAGAUGUUCAUUUGGUUGGCAGUGGGGGGAGCAUGUGUGUACUGUAUGUGUGUGAGUGAGACCGAGGAAGAAAGGAAGGCAGCACUAUACAGAUUGGAGAGGCGGAGAGACUGCAAGGAAGAACGAGUCUGGCUUUGAACUCCGACUGGGGAAACUUACCCCCAGUGUGGCAGGAAGCCUCCCCCUUCCCUCGGCCGACCUUAGGGAACUGGCUCCGAGCCAUGCUGUGCAGCAGCUACACGAGGGUCUCUGUUUCUGAAACAGGCUGAUAGACUAAGGAAGGAUGCAGACCGAUGUUCCCCUGUGUGCCUGAGCUACAGACCGGCAAGCCAGGGACAGAGUUGCUGGAAUGGGGAGCAACUGAAUUGGUACCUGGGAAUUAGACUGGGGGGAAAUAUUUGGUCGCCUCCAGUUUUGAUGCAGCACCCAAACAAACUCUCGCGGGGUGCAAAGAUAAAGGAGGAAUUUUGCCAAUGUGGUUGUAACCUCUUCUCCACCGUUAUCUUGAGACUACAACUGAGCCAGAGUGGCUUCGAAUCUGCCAUGCGAGGAACCCUUUGUGGCUAAAGAACACAGCCCAGAACAAGAGACGCGGAACCCCCUUCGUGGUGGACAAGGAAGGAGCUUCGGGAUCGCAGGUAGCUCUGGUGGCAGGUGCAAGUCCCGUCCCACUUUCCUGUGUUCCGGUUCCAGCCAGGUUGCUUCCUAUGAAAUUUGGGAUUAAAGUUUGGGUUUUCACGAGCUGCCGAGAUGCCUUUCCAUCCAGUGACCGCUGCCUUGAUGUACCGGGGCAUUUAUACCAUCCCCAACAUCCUUGCAGAACAGCAUCCUGUUGACAUACCUGAAGAUGAGCUGGAAGAAAUACGUGAGGCGUUCAAAGUCUUUGACCGGGAUGGCAACGGCUUCAUCUCCAAGCAGGAGCUAGGCACGGCAAUGAGGUCCCUUGGCUACAUGCCCAAUGAGGUAGAGCUGGAAGUCAUCAUUCAGAGAUUGGACAUGGAUGGGGAUGGACAGGUGGACUUUGAGGAGUUUGUGACGUUACUGGGCCCCAAGCUUUCCGCUUCUGGCAUCCCUGAGAAGUUUCAUGGCACUGAUUUUGAUACUGUGUUCUGGAAGUGUGACAUGCAAAAGCUGACAGUGGAUGAGUUGAAGCGACUGCUUUACGACACCUUCUGCGAACACCUCUCCAUGAAAGACAUCGAGAACAUCAUAAUGACUGAGGAAGAGAGCCACAUGGGGACCGCCGAGGAGUGUCCGGUGGAUGUGGAAACUUUUAACUAG